AUGACCGAGUGUUCGUAUCCUGACUACCUCCUCAAAGGCACUGUCCUCCAGAAUUGGCUGCGUAACAAGUACAACGAUGGUACAAUCCUAGUUGAGUCCAAGAAUGGGCAGUACGUUUUUACAUUGCCUAAUGGCGCAGAGUUGACCGCUGUUCGUUUCACGAUGACCGACGCGAGAUUGGACGGCUUCGUGCACCCAAUCCUACGAAGUGAUAGUGGCUCAACUACUGGUUGGUGCGCUCUCGUCUCUUACAUAUAUAUUGCCACAGCUAUGAUGAACAACUAUGAUAUGCUCAAGAAGAGCUGUCGGGAACCACUACGCUACCCCUCCAACCUUGAAUGGUCAUGCCAGCGCAACAGCACCCUACAGGAGUACCAAUCUUCUAUCGCCGCUAAAAAGAAUGAUCUCUUUCUCGGUAGCAAUGAAGAAAUUUACAUUAUUGAACCGAACUCUCUAGAUGAAGAUGGAUAUUUACCAAUCCCCCAGAUGGACGACACUUUCACCUUGUCAGCCUUCAAACAAGAAGUUGUCCGAUCGCCCGCCGAUCUACAAAAGCAUCUACUGAAAAACCGCAAGGAUCCUCAUUUCUGUCUCAUCUUCCUUCAAUCAGCUCAUUCACGUUCCGAACUCAACUGUUCGCACGAAAGCUUUGCUACUCUGUCGUCUUUUUAUCAGAUACCAGCAAGCUUCCUAGACUUCGCCACAUCAUUUGGAUACACGGACCAGCCACUAGACUAUCACAUGACAGGCUUCUCCGGCGACGACACUUUGGACACACCCAAGUCUAAAAGAGUUGAAAUCCCAGAGCUGGGUCGUUCAGGGUGUGACCAUACUACGCAAUAUUUGUUACGCGCCGUCGAGCGCUCCAUCAACUCCUCGAAUGAGGUCAACUGGAACAUUCGUCAAAUGGCUGUCCAUCAUAAAUACGACUUUGUGAACGGCCGAUCGCUAUGGGUAAACAUAAAAACAAACAAGGUAAUGUUGGGUCGCGUCAAGGAAGCUCUAGAGGAUGAAAAGAUCCCCAUCCCGUGCUCAGAAGAUGGCCUAUCAGAUUCCUUCGCGGCGAACAUGCUCAUCCACCUUAUCCAUUUAGAGUGGUGUGACGAGUCCUGGCGAGAUUGCAUAAACAGCUUCGAGGAACAAAUGCGGACGGUGUUGGAAAAGGCAAAGACAGCUCGCUUCGAUGAAAAACCUGAUUUACCGGCCAAUCUCAAGCGAGUAUUGACGGGAACCAUGAAGGAUACGAGUUCAGCUCCAGUGGGUCUUGUCUCAGGCAGAAUUAACCAAGGCCCCCAGAACGGUCUCCUCAAGUCGUGUUGGUCGCUCUUUACUGGUGCCAAGCAAGAGUCCUGCACACCUGUGCAACCUGUGGCGCCAGAGAAAGCGGGGCAACCAGAGACAGUCGAGAGCAAUGAUGCAGGCAAGCAGCUCGAGACUUUGAUGGCAUUCUCGUUCAAGGAUGUACAGAACCUGUACUGGAUGGGAGAGCAACUCGAGAGCUUCUGUCUUGUGAUAAAGCUAAAUCGCCAGACACUUCGUGAUAUCGCCGAGCACUAUCAGGACUUGGCAAGUCGGGACGACUUUCCCCAGGACAUCAGAACAUCCUGCAAGGGGCACCUGGCAUCGUUCUUCAGAAAGAUACAUCGGAUUGACAAGAACCUCGAGAUUCGGUUAACUCAAAUCGAAUCUCUUUUGUCAUGGUUGCGCGAAGGGAAAGCAUUGUUCGACGGUAUACUGCAAUACCGCAGUGUACAAGUCAGUCUCAUCUUCACUGACAACUCCCAAGCUCAGUCUCAAAAGAUGGAGCGGAUUGCCGAUAAGACGGAGAAGGAAACAAUAUCCAUGCACGUCAUAACAUGUGUCACACUUGCAUUUCUGCCUGGAACAUUUGUCGCCGCAUUUUUCCAGAGUGGGCUUGUUGCAGUGGAUGAAGACGCCAAUGAUGUCAAUAACGCUGUGACCUUGCACUCGGGGGCUUUCAAGGUAUUUGCCAUGAUCUGUUUUCCUCUCAUGGCCUUUACCUUCCUACUGUGGGUUUUUGUGUUUAAGUUUCUGGUCAAGAGGUCCAGCCGACCGAGCGAGGACGAGGAAAAAACUGUGUCAAAGGAUUGA